UGCUUUGCUCCCCUUUGCUUUGUUUUUCUGUUCUAGUAUUUUUGUGGCGCAGACCUUUUAAGUAGGUAGGUAUUGCUUGAUAUCGUGGUAGUAUCAGUACCAACUUGACGUCUCAUUAUUCCAUAAUGAUUGAUAUGCCGUUCUCUGUCGAUCUGCUGUUACACUACUGAUACGAUACGAGAUAUCGAUCCGCAAACAAUUUGCAAGAUACAUUCAAACCUCUGAACAAAAAGGAAAAGAAGGACAAACAGACAGAGAAGAGAGAAAUUUAGAUUCACGACUAAAAUUUGAAACAAUUCACAUUCACUCAACAUGAGUGCCAGUCCGGCUGAGCGAAAAAGUAUAUUAAAAUCAAGGGACAUCGAUCUUUCAGAUAAUGCAACCGGCGUCGCAUCUUCUUCGGUGUCAACCAGUCCACCGAGAUUGACCCAUCAACGACACGGAUAUCGCAGAAUGGACUCCCAAGGUUCAGUUCAAUUUUCCCCAAAUCUCGAACAUGUUCAAGAAGAUACUCCUUACUCUACAAUUCCCUUGAUAGUCGAGGGCGAAUCGCCUGAAUCUGCGAACAUGUCUCAAGGAUUAGGAAUAUCUCGAAUGCCUACCUCUGCGAGUCGCAAAUCGCCAAGUCCGCCCAGUCCCUCGGGCGGAUUUUAUAGCCCACCAAUUGGGUCUGCAUCUUUGAUGACCUCUCCUGCAACUUCGACAAAUCGUUUACUGGCAUCUCCGACGUGGACGGAAAAUAAUACAUAUGGUGGGGGAGGAGACUUCUUGGACGUGGACCAAGGGCAAAGACGCAACAAUGAAUCUCUGGAUGAGCAAGACAUUUCUAGAGGAAAGAUUUCAGCUUUCACCGAGAGUCUGGACCAGGCUUUUGACACCCCGAAUAUUUCAAGGCUGAGCAGUAUUCAUGAAGAUCAUGUACACGACGAGAAACAUAUCGGAUGCGGGUGUGCAGCGAAUAAUGAUAUUCAUUCGCGUGUCAGAAGUUGGACGUCAGUAUCCGUUCUAUGCCUCUGCAUAUAUUCAACCAUAUUUUCCGGGAUUUGGUUUUUCAUAGCUGUUCUUCGGCCGCGAUAUGGUGAGCAUAUCAAGACUAAUGGUUCGUUGACGCCGUCAACUGCUUCAAUUUUGUUUGCCGGUUUUGCGAAAAGUAUCGAGUUAUCUUUCGUCACUAUAUUUGUCAAUUUCCUUGGCCAAGUCUUAAGUCGGAGGUCUCUUGUUAGGAAUUCCGAUGGUGUCACUGUUGCAGAGUUGACAAUGCGAACUUGGGUCAUCCAACCAGGAUUCAUGAUCACAAAUCCUAAAAUUUUGCGAAGAGCCGCAUGGUCAAUCUUAGGAGCAAUUACGUUGACGGCAGCUUUUGUCGCUAUGUUCUAUACCACGGCAUCAGAUGCCAUCGUUAGUCCUAGUCUCCAGUUUGGCAAGUGGGAACAUGCAGUAAUGAAAGGAUUGGUUGAAACAAGCUAUGGAAAUCCUUAUUAUGUUGCACAGAAUUGCGAAACUCCAAUCACAAAAGAAAUGGAUUCAGAAUACUCCGCUUCCACUUGUGUGGAUAUUGAUCACGCGGGAGAAGCCUAUCAUAAUUUCCUUGAGUAUGUUCGUACUUGGGCCGAUAUUGCUGCUGCUGGAGGAAAAGGUAAUUCGUCGAAGAUGGCAAAUCGGCCAAUUGUGACAGCCAACCUUUAUGACAACACUACUGUUAAAGCAUCAUGGAUUCGUACCGAUACUAGCGAUAUGGCUGCCAGCUAUGAAAAGUACAAACGUGUUGUUAACAACGUCACUCUCGCUAUGCCGCACGCUAAUGUCAUUUCCGCUGCGACUGAUUCAAUCAAUGGAAUCUUACAACCUUCUGAUCUUGAAGGCGUAGGAGAAUAUAAAGUUAAAGCAUCGGUAGUGAGCCCCACUAUCAAUGUUUUAUGUGUCAACAUGAAUAAAACAGAACUCUCGCCAAUCAUUUAUGUUGACUGGCCUAAUGCAAUCACAACUGACGCUCCAAAUAUUCCAGGCCAGAAAAUGGCUUGGAGUGGUUACUCAUCGGAGAUCAAUUUACAGCCAGGCCAGGAGUAUCUCAAUAGCACUGCGGUGGAUGAUAUAUUUGGGUGGGGCGCAGAUGGAAAACAGCCUCCAGUAUUUCCAAUGUUGCCUAUCGACUACAAUACUAUCACCAAUAUAUCGGUGUACAUGAGCGAUUAUAUAUACAUUCUUGCGAAAUCAAGUACCACAGCCGAUUAUACUGUAUGCGAAAUGAGCUCCUUUCUUGCAACCGACUGUAGCACGACAUAUUCAGCUUCUGGGGUAGGUGGAGUUCUGGAAAACACUUGCGAAGAUCCCAACGAUGAGAUCGCUUAUGACAAAUCCUACAACCCACCACCACCACCUCCCGCUCGACAACAAGAUUUUCGAAACAUCAUUUCGGAAUGGGCGCUUACAUUGUCUCUGAACACUGGAAUUUCAAAUGAUAAUGCUUCUAUUUCUCGAUUGCUUACACAAUUCGUCACGACAGCUCCUAGCCUGAAUACUACGUUACCCAGUCUCGCAGAAGCCCUCGCUUCGCUAUCUGGCUGCACCUUGUUGAUCAGUGCUCAGGGCGCUACCUACAGACAUUAUAUGGGAUACAACGCUACAAACGAAAUCGUAAGUCCCGGCGUCUACGAACCAUUCAACGCAUCAAUCUCCAGUCAAUCCUACACCUCAGGCCCGGCUGUUCGCUGGCAAAACAUGUUUUACGUCGUUCUUCUCCUCGUCUUUCUCACCAAUAUCUUCUGUCUCGGUUAUUUUAUCCGUCAACGCGGUCUUGUCACCGAUUUCACCGAAACACAAAAUUUAUUCGCUUUGGCGGUUAACAGUCCUCCUUCUCAACGCUUAGGUGGGAGUUGUGGCGCUGGUCCACAAGGUGAUCAGUUGAAUGUUGAUUUCCAUGUUCACCACGAAGAAAAUUCAAGUCACUUCUAUCUGAAGGAGGGGAAUAGUAGUAGUGUUUUUGAACCUUCGAGUUUUGAGCUGAAAAGCAGAAUAGGCUCGGUUACGAAGUUGAAAUCGAGAACGGCGAGCAGUUACAGUAUGUUGAGUAAUAAACGGAGGAGUAUUUUGUGAGUGAGGUGGAUCAAAAAAAAAUCAAAAUGAAGGCGAGAUAGACGGAGAGUAGCUAAUUGCAUAUGAGGGGCGUUUGAUAUGGUCGGGAUGUAUAGUGAGGGACUUGGAAAUACCCAUGAUAUGAUGAACUUAUGAAGUUUAUUAAUUGCUGCUUGCUAGAUGCAUCAUAAGUUUGACAGCGUCAGUUUCUAUAAUAAUAACCGGAAAAAUGAAUCUUCAGCCUAAUUAGUGGUUUAUAAAAUAAUUGAAGAUUAUUGAAUCUCGGUGGUGGGUUCUAGGUCUUUUGGUGAUGAAUGCGCUUUGCGUCGUCCAUGGGGAUCUUGCUUUUAUUGCGGGAAAGAAAAGAAAAGGAAUACUUAGUAGUGUUGCUUUUCAAUGGGAAAUUAGAAUCAUACAAUGAGCUACGACGAAACGAACGGACGAUUAGAUAUACUUAUGAGUUGAGAUUUCAAAUCCCGCGACAGAAGUAAUCGCGAGGUUCUCCGAUCUCCAUGUUGAGUAAACAUGACCAAGUUUCCUCUUCUCAUCGAGCAAUUAAAUGGGAUGGAGUUAUCGGACAUUAUUGGCGUAGCUAUGCGAUUUGUUUCUGGAGCGGGGUCUACGUCGGAGAUAGGAGUGGAGAGGAGGGCGCGGAGAUUUCUGGGUGUGGAUUUUUUUAUGGAAUUGGACUUGUGAAGUGUAGUGGGUGGAUUUCUCUGUUGCGAUCAGAUGGGAUGGGUGAUGGGUGGAUGGUGAGUGAGUGAGUCUGUAUAUAUUUUUUCUUAUGCUUUGAAUUGGUUAUCUUCACUUCAAGUAUUAUACGACUUUUAGAGUUCCAGCGCGUUCGAAUGUGGAGUUGUUGUGGAUUCAUUUUCUUACUUGAUAGAAUAGUGGAACCUCUCUAUGACCACAAAUUCUUUGUAAGCAGAGUCUCUUUAUAAGCAAAAUCUCUUUAUAAGG